AAGCCACAGGCGUUGGGAGCCCAGGUUACGGCUGGAAGCCAGUCGACCGGCUGGCAUCGCAGGCAGCAGAAGCCACUGAGGACGGAGGACCCUGGAGGGCGCCGCCGCCGCUGCUUCUGAGCACGGUCCUCGGCCCCCGGCCCAGCUACCAUGUCACCGUGACCCCGAAAGCACCCAGCGACUCGGCCUCCUCUCCACCGUCAGCCCUUCCACAUCCCCACCCCCACCCUCACCCCCGGUGGUUUGGUCAUCCUAACGUGACCGGUCGCAGGGGGCUGUUUGGGGAGUUGGUUCUGUUGGGUUUUCUCACUACGCCCCCGUCAGUGCCUCGGGUGAGAGGCUUCGCAGGAGCCCCCAGGGAACCGCACUAACGGACUACUAUUCAUCCCCAGAACCACGUUCCCGACGGACGCAGGAAACUCUUAAAGGACCCAGAGUGGGAAGAGCAGAGCAGGAUUUCUGAAGCGGUCCCCUCUUGAAUUCUCAUUGGAUCCUCCCCAGCUGCCUAAAUCAUUCUUGCUGCUCUAUCUAUCAGGAUGACUACAGCUUCGCUCGCUAGUUCUCUCUUUAUCUCAUUGUCUUCAACACAUCCUUUUGCUUCUCUUUUCAGAUUUAUCUAUAUUCCACCUCUGGUGCUCUGGGGUUUCUCAGCGUCUGUCUUUCCUCAUUGUAUGGGGAUCUACAGUCUGUAAUUUUUUUUUUUUUUUUUUACUUUCUCUACUUAAGGAUUACUACAAUUAAGCCCUCCCCCAAAAACAAAACAAAAGAAAAAACCCACAUCUUUCAUAUUUUUCUUCCUUUCUUUGGGGACAGUGGCUCUCCAUGUAACAAGAUUUCUACUUGGUUACAUGAUACUAGGAACUGCUGAUUAUGUCAAAGUUCCAUCACCCUGCAGCUCACUUCCUUACCUUGAUUUGGAAGAUCAUGGAAUAUCUGUGAAUCCUGGAUUGAUUUUUUUUAGCAGUCAUCUUGCUUCCUGAAAUUUCCUCUGGUGGUGAGGGAAAGCUAAGAGAAUGAAGGCGCUAAAUCCCCAGUGGAAGCAUGAUAUGGCGGAGCAGAGCUGGUGCUGAAUUGUUCUCUCUGAUGGCUCUAUGGGAGUGGAUAGCACUGAGUCUUCAUUGCUGGGUUUUAGCAGUUGCUGCUGUUUCGGAUCAGCAUGCCACAAGUCCCUUCGACUGGCUCCUCUCUGAUAAGGGACCCUUCCAUCGCUCACAGGAAUACACAGAUUUUGUGGACAGAAGCCGGCAGGGAUUUAGCACAAGAUACAAGAUAUACAGGGAGUUUGGCCGCUGGAAAGUAAAUAACCUUGCAGUUGAGAGAAGAAACUUCCUUGGCUCCCCUCUGCCGCUCGCCCCGGAAUUCUACCGCAACAUAAGACUGUUGGGACGUCGACCUACCCUUCAGCAAAUCACAGAAAACCUUAUCAAGAAAUAUGGGACCCACUUCUUGCUAUCUGCUACUUUGGGAGGAGAGGAGUCGCUCACAAUUUUUGUGGACAAGCGGAAGCUGAGCAAACGAUCGGAAGGAAGUGAGUCCAGCACCAACAGCUCGUCAGUCACUCUGGAAAUUCUGCAUCAGCUGGCCGCGUCCUACUUCAUCGACAGGGACAGCACCCUCCGGAGACUGCACCACAUUCAAAUUGCAUCCACUGCCAUAAAGGUAACUGAAACACGGACGGGCCCUCUUGGCUGCAGUAACUAUGACAACCUAGAUUCUGUCAGUUCUGUUCUGGUUCAGAGUCCUGAGAAUAAGAUUCAAUUGCAAGGGCUUCAGGUUCUCCUCCCAGACUAUCUACAGGAGCGUUUUGUGCAAGCAGCUCUAAGCUACAUUGCUUGUAAUUCGGAAGGAGAGUUUAUCUGCAAGGACAAUGAUUGCUGGUGUCACUGUGGCCCCAGAUUUCCAGAAUGCAACUGCCCCUCCAUGGAUAUUCAAGCCAUGGAAGAAAAUCUUCUUCGAAUAACUGAAACUUGGAAAGCUUAUAACAGUGACUUUGAAGAUUCAGAUGAAUUCAAGCUCUUUAUGAAAAGGCUGCCCAUGAAUUACUUCCUCAACACCUCUACAAUCAUGCAUUUGUGGACAAUGGAUUCUCAUUUUCAGCGCCGCUAUGAGCACCUGGAGAGCAGCAUGAAGCACCUUGUCCUGAAGGCCCAGAAAAUUGUGCACAAGCUCUUCAGUCUCAGCAAGAGAUGCCGCCAGCAGCCCCUCGUCAGUUUGCCGAGACAAAGAACCUCAACUUACUGGCUCUCUCGCAUCCAAUCAUUUCUCUACUGCAACGAGAACGGCCUCCUGGGCAGCUUUUCAGAAGAGACACACUCCUGCACGUGUCCCAACGACCAGGUGGCCUGCACCUCCUUCCUGCCCUGCACCGUGGGCGAUGCCUCAGCUUGCCUGACCUGCGCGCCAGACAACCGUACUCGAUGUGGCUCCUGCAACACCGGCUACAUGUUGAGCCAAGGGCUCUGCAAGCCGGAGGUAGCAGAGUCCACAGAUCACUACAUUGGCUUUGAGACUGAUCUCCAAGACCUGGAGAUGAAAUACCUGUUGCAGAAAACAGACAGGCGAAUAGAAGUCCAUGCCAUUUUUAUUAGCAACGAUAUGCGUCUCAAUAGCUGGUUCGACCCCUCUUGGCGCAAGCGCAUGCUCCUCACCUUGAAGAGUAACAAGUACAAGUCGAGUCUGGUCCACAUGAUCUUAGGGCUCUCUUUACAAAUCUGCUUAACUAAGAACAGCACCUUGGAGCCAGUGUUAGCGGUCUACGUCAACCCCUUUGGAGGCAGCCAUUCUGAGAGCUGGUUUAUGCCUGUGAAUGAAAACAGUUUUCCAGACUGGGAGCGGACUAAACUGGACCUCCCUCUGCAGUGCUAUAACUGGACACUGACUCUGGGGAACAAGUGGAAGACAUUUUUUGAGACAGUGCACAUCUACCUGAGGAGUCGCAUCAAGUCAAAUGGUCCGAAUGGCAAUGAGAGCAUUUACUAUGAACCUUUGGAAUUUAUUGACCCUUCUCGGAACCUGGGCUAUAUGAAAAUCAAUAACAUUCAGGUGUUUGGCUACAGCAUGCACUUUGACCCUGAAGCAAUUCGAGACUUGAUUUUGCAACUGGAUUACCCCUAUACUCAGGGAUCCCAGGACUCCGCACUUUUGCAACUAUUAGAGAUAAGAGACCGUGUAAAUAAACUCUCGCCACCUGGUCAGCGUCUGCUAGAUCUUUUCUCUUGCUUGCUUCGUCAUCGACUCAAGCUGUCUACUAGUGAGGUAGUAAGAAUUCAGUCUGCUUUGAAGGCGUUUAAUGCCAAAUUGCCAAACACAGUGGAUUAUGACACGACCAAAUUAUGUAGUUAACCAUAAAUGUCAAGCACAACCCCAAACCUCGGAGGAGUUUUUACAGUGCUUUUGUGGAACAGUUUAUGUUUGGAAGAGUAAAUUUAAAUUGUCUUUUCAAUAUCUGUCUUAUAUCAGUCAAUAGCAUUGGAUGGCAAUUUACACACAUGAACUUUCUGACAAUGAAUAUAUUAUACUGCAGUUUGGGUUUAUGAAUGAAAUAAAUACUGACACCAGUCUAGAAGACCUUCUACUUUUUACAAUAAAUUUCAUUUGUAAUUUUA